GCGUGACGUGCGCAAUGUCGUGUUUGGGCAGGAGGCGCGCGUCCGCGCACCCGUCUCUCGGUAGGCUCGCGCCCUGCGUAGUCUUCUCGGUUUGUUGCUCUGUCUAGCUUCCCUGAGGAGGACGUUCAGCAGACUCAGCAUCCGCCGACUUAUUCCCCCGCGUCCGUGCUACCGCCGCGGCGAAGAUGGCCUCAGGAGUGCAAGUUGCUGAUGAAGUAUGUCGCAUUUUUUAUGACAUGAAAGUUAGGAAGUGCUCCACACCAGAAGAAAUCAAGAAAAGAAAGAAGGCUGUCAUUUUUUGUCUCAGUGCAGACAAAAAGUGCAUCAUUGUAGAAGAAGGCAAAGAGAUCUUGGUUGGAGAUGUUGGUGUAACUAUAACUGAUCCUUUCAAGCAUUUUGUCUCAAUGCUUCCUGAGAAAGAUUGUCGCUAUGCUUUGUAUGAUGCAAGCUUUGAAACCAAGGAAUCCAGAAAAGAGGAGUUGAUGUUUUUUUUGUGGGCUCCAGAGCUAGCACCUCUGAAAAGUAAAAUGAUCUAUGCAAGCUCCAAGGAUGCAAUCAAAAAGAAAUUUCAAGGCAUAAAACAUGAAUGUCAAGCAAAUGGGCCAGAAGACCUCAAUCGGGCUUGUAUUGCUGAAAAGCUAGGCGGAUCCUUAAUUGUAGCUUUUGAAGGAUGCCCUGUGUAGAUCAUCGUUCAGUGCCACAAAUCAAAAGCUUCCGUGUUUAAUAUUAUCCUUUUGCUAUAUAAGUAAAGCAAAUAUAUUUAGGCCAGUCUCACCAGGGGGAACUAUCUUGUCAUCUGUUAGGGUAAAUUAAAUAUUCUAUAAACGUGCAAACAGCCCUAAGUAAAUUUAAAAUCUAAAGUUUUAUUGGUGUGAAAUUAAAUCCUUACUGACCAAAUGCCUAUUUUUAAUGAGCUGGCUUGUAAAGAUUUUUGCUGAGCUCAUGAUUUUUAGUAAUGCAGUUCACAAAACAGUAUAAGGUCAUAUGAAAAUUAUUGCUUCUUGGUUAACCUCAGCAAUCACUUUGUUUCUUUAGAGAAUUGGUCAUAAUCUGGUUAUAAUUUUUGCUCAAAUUUUCCAUUCUCUCAAGCUAAACUGAAUAAUGGAAGAUAAGUCUCACAUGUAUGUAAUAACACUAAUUACAGUAAGAUUAAAUUAGGCAGUCUUUUUAAUUCUACCACAUGUGUAAUAAAGACCAUCUCAGAAUUGUGUACACUUUUAUAAUCAGCACUGGUCUUGCAAAGCACUGUUUCAAGCCUGUAGUUGGAAUACAGGAAGCACCUACUCGAAUCUGUGAAAAGCUCUCCCCUUACUAGUCGGGAGACACUUCUGAGAGUGACCUUUCAUCUUGACACUGAUGACGUCCUCAGGAGAAUGUGUAGUAUCUUGUAACCAAUUAUAAUGCAAAUUAGGGCUCCAUUAUACUAGUUUGUUAAUGAAAAUGAUAAAACAGAAUAUUGAUAAGCUGGGACACGUGAUAGCUUUGUGUCUUCUUCAGAACUUCAUUGCUUCUGGCACAAUUAAGGUGUGGGAGUAUUAGGUAUGUGUUUACUCUGGGGCCUGGGAGAGCUUCUUAAUAUCCUAGAGCAAUUUGUCAGUUGUAUGUGAAAUGGGAGCUGGUAAGACAAAUGAUGACACCCACAGAAAGCCACUACCUGAUGACACUUGGAAGUGAUUGUCUUUAACAUCACAGCACAACCCUUUGAACAAUAUAGAGAUGCACAAACAGUUGAACUUAGAAUUAGCUGUAUUGGCUUUAUGUAAUAAAGGAAGCAUUUUUAAAUUA